GAGGUGUCAGUGCGCUCGAAAUCUAUCAAUUGCGCGCCGGCGGAGUUUCUUUGAUAUUUUCGAAUUAUCGGGGGACGUAUUUCGGGCGGUGGUCUGCGUUUGUCCUUUCAAUAUAAGCGCUGUAUUCAGGAGUACGGCUUUCAGAGCUUUCGGACGUUUUAAUUCCCUAACAUUGAUGUCUUCAGGUGGACCUUUGAAGCAAAUGUUCAGUAACAUGGCGGCAGCUGUGAACGGUGCCGCCAACGGAGAGACGGCCGGCGGCGGCGGCGGGGACAAGGCCGCCGCCGCCAAGGCGGCCAAGCGGCUCUCCGUCGAGCGCAUCUACCAGAAGAAGAGCCAGCUGGAGCAUAUUCUGCUGCGGCCCGACACCUACAUCGGCUCGUGCGAGCCGCUCACCGAGACCAUGUACGUCUACGAUGACGAGCAGGGCAUGCACCAGCGCGAGAUCACCUUCGUGCCGGGCCUGUUCAAGAUCUUUGACGAGGUGCUGGUGAACGCGGCCGACAACAAGCAGCGUGAUCCCAACAUGGACACCAUCAAGAUCGAGAUUGAUUCCGAGAACAACAGCAUUUCCAUCUACAACAACGGCAAGGGCAUCCCGGUGGUGACGCACAAGGACGAGAAGAUGUACGUGCCGACGAUGAUCUUUGGACACCUGCUGACCUCUUCCAACUUCAAUGACGAGGAACAAAAGGUGACUGGAGGCAGGAACGGUUACGGUGCGAAGCUGUGUAACAUCUUCUCCACCAAGUUCACUGUGGAGACGGCCUCCAUCGAUUACAAGCGCUCCUUCAAGCAGACGUGGGCCAACAACAUGUCCAAGACCUCUGAACCAAAAGUCAAAGACUUCCAUGGAUCGGACUUCACCAAGGUGACGUUCAGUCCCGACCUGGAUAAGUUCAAGAUGACCUGCCUGGACAAGGACACGGUGGCGCUGCUCUCGAGGCGCGCCUACGAUGUGGCCGCCAGCACCAGGGGCGUCAAGGUCUUCCUCAACGGCAAGCGGGUGCCGGUGAAGAACUUCAAGGACUACGUGGAGCUGUACCUGAAGGACAAGGUGGAUGACACGGGAAACCAGAUUAAGUGUGUCUACGAGAACUGCGGCCCGCGCUGGGAGGUGGCCGUCGCCAUCUCGGACAAGGGCUUCCAGCAGGUCUCCUUCGUCAACAGCAUCGCCACCACCAAGGGCGGUCGCCACGUUGACCACGUUGCCGACAUGAUCAUCAAACAACUGAUCGAGACUCUCAAGAAGAAGAACAAGGGCGGCGUACAGAUCAAACCGUUCCAGAUCAAGAACCACAUGUGGGUGUUCAUCAACUGUCUGAUCGUCAACCCGGCGUUCGACUCACAGACCAAAGAGAACAUGAUUCUGCAAGUGAAGAGCUUCGGCUCCAAGUGUACCCUAUCGGACAAGUUCAUCGGACAGGUGAACAAAUGCGGUAUCGUCGAGUCGGUGAUGGCCUGGGCCAAGUUCAAAGCCCAGUCGCAGCUCAACACCAAAUGCAACUCCAAGAAGCAGAAUAAGAUCAGAGGUAUCCCAAAGCUGGAGGAUGCCAACGACGCUGGCACGCGCUACUCCCAGGACUGCACACUGAUCCUCACGGAGGGAGAUUCGGCCAAAACUCUGGCCGUCAGUGGUCUGGGUGUGGUCGGACGAGACCGCUACGGCGUCUUCCCGCUCAAGGGAAAGCUGCUCAACGUGCGGGAGGCCUCGCACAAGCAGAUUCUGGAGAACGCAGAGAUCAACAACGUGAUCAAGAUCAUGGGACUGCAGUACAAGAAGACGUACGACAACGCCGAGGAUCUGAAGACGCUUCGCUACGGCAAGCUGAUGAUCAUGACAGAUCAGGAUCAGGACGGCUCGCACAUCAAGGGCCUGCUGAUCAACUUCAUCCACCACAACUGGCCGACUCUGCUGCGACAGCCCUUCCUCGAGCAGUUCAUCACGCCCAUCGUCAAGGCCACCAAAGGAAAGGAGGAGGUCAGCUUCUUCUCCAUCCCCGAGUUCGAGGAGUGGAAGCAGAACAAGUCCAACUGGCACACCUACAAGAUCAAGUACUACAAAGGUCUGGGUACCUCCACCGCCAAGGAGGCCAAGGAAUACUUCUCGGACAUGUCGCGUCACCGGAUCAAGUUCCGCUACGAGGGGGACGCCGCCAACCGAGCCAUCAACAUGGCGUUCAGCAAGAAGUGCGUCGACCAACGCAAGGAGUGGCUGACCAACUGGAUGGAAGAGUGCAAACGCCGCCGGGAGCUGGGUCUGCCCGAGCUGUACCUGUACGAGAAAGACACGCGCGCCGUCAACUUUACCGACUUCGUCAACAAGGAGCUGGUGCUGUUUUCGAACCUGGACAACGAGCGCUCCAUCCCGUCACUGGUCGACGGACUGAAGCCGGGACAGCGCAAGGUGCUCUUCACCUGCCUGAAGCGCAACGACAAGCGUGAGAUCAAGGUGGCCCAGCUGGUGGGAUCUGUAGCCGAGAUGUCGGCCUACCACCACGGCGAGAUGUCGCUGGCGUCCACCAUCAUCAACAUGGCGCAGAACUUUGUGGGCAGCAACAACAUCAACCUGCUGCUGCCGGUGGGCCAGUUCGGCACCCGGCUGCAGGGCGGCAAGGACGCGGCCAGUCCGCGAUACAUCUUCACCAUGCUCAGUCCGGUGACGCGUGCCAUCUUCUCUGCGUCGGACCUGCCGCUGCUGAAGCACCAGAUGGACGACAACCAGCGCAUCGAGCCCGAGUGGUACAUCCCCAUCCUGCCCAUGAUUCUGGUCAACGGCGCGGACGGCAUCGGCACCGGCUGGAUGACCAAGAUCCCCAACUACAACCCGAGGGAGAUUGUCGAGAACCUUCGCCGCAUGAUGCGAGGGGAUGACCCUCAGCCCAUGAAACCAUGGUUCAAGAACUUCCGCGGCGAGAUUCUGGAGGCCUCGCCGCAGCACUACAUUAUGAGCGGCGAGAUAUCGGUGCUGUCACCGACCCAGGUGGAGAUCACCGAGCUUCCUGUGAAGACGUGGACGCAGCCCUACAAGGAGUUCCUUAGCCAGCUGCUCAACCCAGAGAAGGGAAACCCCAUGAUCAGCGACUUCAAGGAGUACACCACCGACACCACGGUCAAGUUCAUCGUCUCGAUGCCGGAGGAGAAACUGAUUGAGGCCGAGGAGAAGGGCUUGCACACGGUCUUCAAGCUGCAGACCUCCUUCAGCAACACGUCCAUGGUGCUGUUCGACCACAUGGGAGUCCUCAGAAAGUAUGACAACGUAGCCUCGAUCCUGCGCGAGUUCUACACUCUGCGUCUCGAGUUCUACGACAAGCGGAAGACACACCUGGAGGGACUGCUCGGCGCCGAGUCUUCACGGUUGUCUAACCAGGCCAGGUUCAUCCUGGAGAAGUGCGACAACAAGCUGACGAUCGAGAACAAGAAGAAGAAGGACAUGAUCGCCGAGCUGGUGAAGCGCGGCUACGACUCGGACCCGGUGAAGGCGUGGAAGGUGGCGCAACAGCAGCUGCUGGACGAGGAAGCCGCCGACUCUCAGGACUCACAGGAGGAGGAGGCAGCUGCGCCAGGCGCGCCCGACUUCGACUACCUGCUCGGCAUGAACAUGUGGAUGCUGACUAAGGAGAAGAAGGACGAGCUGCUCAAGAAGCGAGACGAGAAGCUUCAGGAACUCAAGGUGCUCAAGUCCAAGUCGCCCUCAGACCUGUGGACCGAGGACCUGGACGCCUUCAUCGAAGCGCUGGACGCCCAGGAGCAGAAGGAGCGAGAGGACGAUGAUGCAGGUUCCAAGAAGGCCAAGGCGAAGGGCAAGGUGGCCGGCGCUUCCAGGAAGACGGCCGUCGUCGAGUACCUGCCGUCGCCGUCUGCCCGCCGCGUGGCACCCGUCGUCACUGCCGACGUCAAGAAGCGACUCGAGGCCGCCCAGAACAAAAAGGACGGCGUCGUGCGUGGACGAAAGAGGAAAUCCGAUGACGGAACGGCGGAAGACGGAGAUGACAAGCCAAAGAGGCAGAAGAAGGAGGGAGACGGUGAAGAUAAGCCAAAGAAGAAGAGGGAGCCGAAAGGCAAGGACGGCAUGAAGCAGACCAAGCUGCAGUUCAAAAAGAAACCGGGCAAAGAGGCGUGGGAGACGGACUCUGAAGAGGAGGAUUUCCGGGGCAGCGACUCCGAACCGGAGGUCUCCUCGCCCACCCGCGUUCGCGAGGGAGGCCGUCGUGCCGCCGCGGCGAAGGUCAAGUACAACUUCAACAGUGACGAGGAGGAUGCCUCCAGCGGCGAUGAGGAGCUGUUCGACAACGACGCCGUCAAGGAGCCCGAUCAUGUGGUGGAGGUGGACUCUGACCUGGACACCUCGGCCGUCCAGCCGGCGCCGAAACCGGCCAGGGAAAACAAGGCGAAGGCGACUUUGGUUAUCAGUGACACUGACUCGGAAUUCGAGGGAGCGCAAAAGAAGAAGAAGCCUGCCGCCAAGAAGAACGACGAGUCUGCGUCGGACAUGUUUGACUCGAUGAUGUCGGCUGGCCGGGAGGAGCCGGACGCAGACUCGGACGCAGCCUCUGUCCGCUCUCAUGGCAGCGCGGCCGCCAGCAAAGCUAAGCCGAAACCGGCUGCCGCGGCGAAAAAGCCGGCUGCCGCAGCUAAGAAGCCGGCGGCGGCCGCCAAGAAACCGACCGUGAAGAGGGCUCCGAAGAAGAAGACGACAUACGACUCCGACUCUGAUGGAGACUUCGCCUCCUCGAAACCCAAGAGCAAGUCAAAGAAGAAGAAGAAGGCUAGUUCCGACUCGGACUCUGACGCCUCGGCUGGCUACGUGCCGCUGGCCCAGCGGGCGGCCGGCCGCGCGCGGAAAGUCACCAGCUAUAAGGUGGAUGAAUCGAGCGACGACGAUUGAGCGCCGUGACCUGAGACGUGACGACGUAACGCUGGAAGCGUGACGCCGCAGUGAGGGACCGAAAUGUCGCUGAGGUGAUCGGCAGUUGCGCCCGCCGACCGCGCGCUGACCCGAGACUCGCCCCGCGGCGAACCAGCCGUGGUGUACAAAUGGUGUCCGACCGGCGCGGCGCGGCGGUGGUGUCGUGUAGGUUCUUCCCGUCUUGGCCGCUGCGGAAGGGUCGGCGGCGCUGUUGGCGUCAAAUGGACCGUAGCGGCCGUCAGUGCGGCGAUGACGCCCGGAGAGUAGCUGUGUUUAGAGCUGACAGGGACGGACGGUGUUCAGGCCGGCGCGCUGUAGCCGGCGGCCUUACGUGUUGCGUUUCAUGUUUCAUGUCUCCUUCUGUGGCCUGUGCUGUGAGCUGCGGUGCCGCUGAGGCGCACCACUCGGCUCAUCAUCCGCGCUCCUUAGCGCGGCUUUCAUUCAGACCCAUCAUCGGAUCACCGGUCUUUUUAGCUAGUGCAGGUACGCCGCUGCGACAGUUCGCAUCGCAUAUUCACCGUUUUCACAGAAUACAUCUCUUAGAAGCACUGUC